AUGGCUACUAGGCCGCGGAAGAGAAGCCAGCCCAUGGACGAGGAUCCUCCUCUCUUUUCCUAUUCAACAGCCUCCGCUUCUGUCCCUACAACUACACCUUCAUCGACGCCUGCCUCUACACCCUCGCCUGGAGACAACAACUCCAACAUCAAUGUCCAGGAUUCCCAAAUAUGGAGCCCGGUAGGAGACUCCGAGUUUCCAUGGUUCUCUCAUGGAGCCAACACUCCCCGGCAAAGACGUCGAGUGUCUAAACCCCUUGAGGGUGACCGGCCCCUGGCACGAUCAAAGCCAUCAAUCCCUGAUCCGUCGACGACAUCGACUAGACAUGGGGCACCGUAUGGCCCACCAGUUUCUCCUCACCCGCCGCCAGAUGUGAUUUUCUCUCCGCGACUCCCUACUAUAGAGGCCGACUCGGCGGAGGAUUUGGACCUCACGAAUCCCUUCGAGGAUAACGCCGAUGAUGCGGAUCGUCUCGUCCUGGGCAAAACCCGUAUUCAGGCCGGAACUAUUAUUGAUGGAUACAUCAAGUUCCACAGCGGCAAGUCGAGGGCAGCCAACCUACCGCGUCGACAGGCGGCGAUACAACCGUCUGAUCCCCAGGCUCUCCUGUCAGAACUAUGUUCUCAAACGUUCUUGUUCGAGGCAGGCCUUGAAGACAAUUGUGACAAAAAUCUCUUCCAGUUUUACGUCAAGGCAUGGUGUUCUGGCCGGAGUGUCCUCCACAAAACCAACUGCUGGCUCGUCAACAUCCCCCGAAUAAUGAAGGACAGCUCUUGUGUCAAGCACGCGAUGCUAGCGCUUGCUGGAACAUAUGUCCUCGACUACCAACCCGAAGAGAGCAUUCGACAAGUAGUCAAUGCACACUAUAAACGAGCCGUCCUACUCUUGACGAUGGCUUUGAGAGAGGAGGCUCGGAGUCCCAGUCCCACGGAACACGAGUCAAACAGCCUGAUUGCCGCCGUGACGCUGCUAAACAUGAUCGAUGUUGUAUCCCCAGAGCAACGUCGGCCGCCGAGUGCGGUUCCUCGUUGGCUAGAAGGUGCUCGCCUCGCUUGUCGUUUGCUGGAUAAGUCGGAUCCGGGUCAUCGCUUCUGGGUACCCUCCAACAUUCAGCCUUCCGACAUGCAGAUGGGCAACAUGAUCAUCGCCGCCAGGGCCGCCAUCAUAGCCCUUCCCAUGGCUCCUCUUGAUUCGAAAGACACAGGAGAGCAAUUUUCUUGGCUGUGCCAGGGCACUGAGCCGGAGACUCGCAGGAUACAUGGUGGAUGCGGCAUGUCGCCGAUACUUCUUUCUCGUUUUGCUCAGAUUACACAAUUAGCAGCAUGGUUGUGGGAAGACCCCAGUAGCAACGAUUUUCACAUGAAAUCGAGCAGCAAAAUAGUCCGCCAAGAUUUGGGCAGGUUGCAUCAGUGGACACAACCCGCCGCCGAGUCUCCGUCCUCUUCGGCCACAACGCGAUCGGAUCAAUCUCGAGAUACAUCAGACAAACGCGCUAUCGAAGAUCGCAUUAAGCGAAACGAUUUCGGCCUUGUGAUGGACGCAGAAUCUAUGACGGAAGUCACGGCCGAAGCAUGGCGUCUAGCAGCCCUCAUCUACCUUCGCUGCCGCCUCGAGAGACUACCUCGCUCUCACCCAGACGUCGUAUCUGAGGUUGACCAGCUGGUGAAAUGCAUUGACAUGAUGCCAACCUAUGGCACCUUCUUCACUGCGCAAUCUCCAUUCUUCCCGGUCUUCCUCCUAGGAAUUGUGGCCACGACAGAGGCACAUAGUCUUUGUGCCCUGAACUGGUUUCGAUCGGUCGUCAGCACCAGUUGUCGCUCGAGCGUGCCCCCUGCUUUCAACUCCCUUCUGCGUAUCCGUCAUUGGAUAACGGCCAACGUUGAUGACAACAUUCCUUCCGACCUUCCUGACCUCAUUUCAGAGCGACACUCCUGGUGGGAGCCACUCGUGGCGCACAUUAUUUCUACCGAAGGAACUUUGUGUUUGAUCUAG